AAGAAAAAAUACGACAACAAAUUAAAAUAAAAUUACAUUCAUUGUCAAUUUGACAGUUGUAACGUAUACAAGUUUCUUGCAUAUUUCUGUACUUUUUUACGUAAAAAAACACGCCGUUAAACGCAUAACGCAUUAUAAAUCGUCAAAUUCAUUAGGGGUUCCUACAGAUUUUGUUUAGCCAGGUUGAUGAUCAACUAAACCAUCAAAUGGAAUCUAAAACAAGAUGUUAUUCUUGUAGACUGGCUGUACACGAUUCCGGAAGAGUGAGGUGGUGCAUCGGAAACGAAAAAUCGUGGAGAUCAAAGCUUAAACUUUUGGUAUUCCUGCCUAUCGUUUUGCUAGCUGUGACCAUUUUGGUUCUGGUAAUAAAUCAUCUUAUCUUCAAAUUCUCAACACCAGCAAAAAACAAUCAUAAUUACAAUUUAACAGAUAUUUCUUCGUUCCAUUAUGACCCAGCUAAGACUUUUACAACCACUCAAACUAGUCGAUACAAAAGAAACAUUGAAAUGCCAACAAACUCUCACAAAGUUCAAUCAUUUCUUUACAAUACACAUCAAAAUUUCUAUCUUGUCAAUGUGGAUAAUCAACAUCAAGAACAAAAUCAGAAGAGUCACCAUCAAAAUUUUUGGACAACUAAGAUAACUAAAGAUAAAAUACGAACAGCUCAAGCAAAUUUAAUGAAGCGUUUCAUGGAUGAAAAGGAAGACCCUUGUACCGAUUUUUAUCAAUACGCAUGUGGAAAUUGGGCGAAAUACAACCCUAUACCGGCCGAUAGAACAGUGUUUGAUACCUUUGAAAUGCUACGCGAAAAUUUGGACUCGGUUUUAAAGGAACUGUUAGAGGAAGAAGACGGAGAUGACGACUCUGAUUUGAAAAAAACAAAAAUUUGGAAUGCAAGUAACAAUAACGUGACAUCUAAAAGGUUAUCAUAUCUACCUCUCGAUAUUCCUUCCAUUUUAUCAAACGAAAAUAUUAUCGCUAAUAUGACACCCUUCCGUGUUAAUGACGCUGUAACCAAAGCAAAAUAUCUCUAUAAAUCUUGCAUGAAUUUAGAUUUGCUAGAGAAACGAGGGAGCCGUCCGUUACACGAACUCCUCAAACGCUUAGGGAGUUGGCCCAUGAUUGACUCCAACUGGGACGAAACCCACUUCGAUUGGAUAUGGCUAGUAGGACAACUAAGGCUUUACAACAACGAUAUUCUUAUAUCCGAAUGGGUUGGACCUGAUAUAAAGAACUCUAACGAGUUUGUUUUGCAAAUCGACCAAACUACUUUGGGACUUCCAACAAGGGAUUAUUUCUUAGACCCGAUUAACUUCAAGUACGUAAGUGCUUACAAAAAUUACAUGAUAUCUAUAGCAACACUUCUCGGAGCACCGAUAGCAAAGGCAACUGAAGAUGCUGAGGAUAUAAUCGAUUUUGAAACAAAAUUGGCGCAGAUUAUAGCACCACCAGAUUUUCGAAAAAAUGUUACUGAAAUUUAUAAAAGACUCACAAUUGGGGAGUUACACGCUUACAUACCGCAAAUAAACUGGAUGAAAUACUUUAAAAUAGUAUCUGGGGGUCACAUAGAACCUACUCAGCCGUUGGUCUGUUAUUCUAUUAAAUAUUUACAGAAUUUGGUGAUACUAUUAAGCAAAACGCCAAGAAGAACUGUUUCCAAUUAUAUCAUUUGGAGAUUCGUUAGACACAGGGUAAACAAUUUGGGAAGGGGCUUUCAAGAAGCGAAACAACGGUUCUACUUUAUAUUAUUUGGCCGUGAAAGGGCUCCAUCAAGAUGGCAGACUUGUGUUACCCAAGUCAAUUCCAAUAUGGGAAUGGCCCUCGGAAACAUGUUCGUUAGAAGAUAUUUUGAUGAAAACAGCAAAAAUGACACUUUACAAAUGACCAAAGAAAUUCAAGAUGCUUUUCGCGAAAUUUUGGCUGAUACGUUAUGGCUCGAUUCGGACACAAAGAAGUUAGCCAAAUAUAAAAUAGACGCAAUGAGACUAAAAAUUGGAUAUCCAGACUUCAUUUUAGACAGAAAUCAAUUAGCAGAACGUUAUAUGGAUGUUAAAGUUCACCCUGAUCUUUAUUUCGAAAACACCUUAAGUAUCUUGAGGCAUUUAACUCGAGUGGAGCAAAAAAGGCUUGGAACUGUUGUAAAUAAAAAUUUAUGGAACACAGCACCUGCUGUGGUCAACGCAUAUUACAGCAGAAAUAAAAAUCAAAUUAUGUUUCCUGCAGGAAUUUUGCAACCCCCUUUUUACCAAAAGUACUUCCCUCGUUCUCUUAAUUACGGAGGAAUUGGGGUAGUCAUUGGACACGAAAUAACUCAUGGGUUUGACGAUAAAGGUAGACUCUUUGAUAAGGAAGGAAAUUUGCAAAAGUGGUGGUCGGAAUCCGCAAUAAUUAGUUUCCACCUUAGAACGCAAUGUUUAAUUGACCAAUACAAUAAUUUCAUAAUCCCAGAAGUGAAUUUACCUGUUGAUGGUACAAAUACACAAGGCGAAAAUAUCGCUGAUAAUGGAGGAAUUAAGCAGUCUUAUAAGGCAUACGAAGCAUGGUUGGCCAAGCAUCCAGACGCGAACGAAACACUUCCGGGAAUUAAUUUGAAUGGAAAGCAACUGUUUUUCCUUAAUUUCGCACAGGUUUGGUGUGGAUCUACACGACCAGAAGCAGCCAGAAAUAAGCUUAAAACAGCAGUGCAUUCCCCUGGGAGAUAUCGAGUAAUUGGAACUCUCAGUAAUUUCCAGGAGUUUUCUGAUGCAUAUCACUGUCCUACAGGAUCUCGUAUGAACCCUCCUAUUAAAUGCAGCAUUUGGUAAAUGUAAACAUUUGUUUAAUAAAAAUUUUUGUUUUAA